AUGGCGGCAGUUACAAACACCGACCUCAAAGGGGCCUUGCCGCUAUUAGCUAGAGGCAAGGUCCGGGACGUCUACACCCUAAGCGGGUCGGAACUGCUGUUUGUAGCGACGGAUCGGAUAUCUGCAUACGAUGUCAUCAUGGAAAAUGGCAUUCCGGGGAAAGGAAAGCUCCUGACAUCGGUCUCCAAAUUCUGGUUUGAUUACCUGUCUUCUGUCUGCCGCAAUCAUUAUGUUACGGAUUCCGUCGAUAGGGUCUUGAAAUUCGUCCCGGAAUCCGAGAAGGAAGACGUCAAGAGCCAAUUGGAGGGUCGCAGCAUGAUUGUCCGCAAAUUCAAGGUCUUCCCCGUCGAGGCCAUUGUAAGAGGAUACAUUACCGGAAGCGCAUGGAACGAAUACAAAAAAUCAGGAACCGUACACGGCAUAAAGGUGGCUGAAGGACUCCAGGAAUCGCAGGAGUUCGAGAAGCCGCUUUAUACGCCAAGUACCAAGGCUGAACAGGGAGAGCAUGACGAAAAUAUCCAUCCCGAUAAAGUUAAGGAAAUGAUUGGAGAGGAGCAUGCCAAUAAGAUCGAAGAACUCGCAUUGGCAUUAUACACCAAGGCUAGAGAUUAUGCUAGAUCUCGGGGUAUCAUUAUCGCUGACACUAAAUUCGAAUUCGGAUUGGACGAGGAGACGGGAGAGGUAAUCCUUGUCGACGAGGUGUUAACUCCUGAUUCCUCGAGGUUCUGGCCUGCAGACUCCUACGAGGUCGGGAAGUCACCAGAUAGCUAUGACAAGCAGUUCUUGCGGAAUUGGCUAACGCGGGAAGGUCUCAAGGGUAAAGAAGGGGUUAAGGUUCCUGAUGACAUAGUGCUGCAGACAUCAGAAAAGUACAGGGAGGCGUACAUAAAAUUGACUGGCGAGAAGCUCCAGUAA